AAUAUCAUAUGUGAUGAGGGCUGCUGCUGAAUUAUCUGGAUUUAUUGCGAGUUCAGAGGGAGAGCUCUGGAUUAGGAGGCAAAGUCCAUACCCUCCUGAAAUUAUAGAGUUAUCAUCUAUCCAGCAAAAUCCAAACAAUCCUGAAAUUAUAGUCUCGCCAUCUAACCAGCAACCAGCCUCCCCUGAACUCCUAAUGGUUGAAGCCAUAAUUAUACCGUGUUCACUAGUGAAGAAUGUUGAAAGAGUAAUCCUGAAUCUCACAUCUUCUGGUUAUUACCUUGAUGUUAUUGCAAAACAACUUGGGUUGUUGGAAGCUGCUGACUUUAUGAUCUCAAGAUCUUCAUGCCAAAGAAGUUCGUACGAUUUGAAGGAUCUUUGAAUGCAAGAGCAAGUUAUUU